AUUAAAAUAGCCAGUAUGAGCGACUAUGAAGAAGACUUUGAAGAUGACUACAGAGAUGAAAAUUUCUCUCCAGAAGACAAUGCACAAGAAUCCAUAACUGAACAAAAUCUUAACCAAGACCUUGCUUCAAAGACAGACAUUAAGCCUAAAAACGGAGUUAUCUCAGAAGAAAGAGUGAAGCUGAUUUCAAAUGCAGAGAAAUAUAUUCAAAAGAUAGCAGAGAAGCAUCCCUCCAAGGCUAUUGAAAAGUCCGUUGCUGAGGCUAGAAUGAUCUUAGACAGAGUGAAAGGAUCAGCAUCUGCUGCUGCACAGCUCUCGACAAAAGAUGGACAAAAAUAAUCAAGAGAAAAAGCUAGGGAAAGCAUUGAAGAAGAUGAACGAAGAUCUGAAUAAACUCAUUGACUACAUUAAAGACAUUGAUAUUAAGAAAAAGGAUCAAGAUCGGCCAGUUAGCCAACUCCUCAAGGUCAGAAAUGAAGAAAUCAAGAACAGCGAUAAGCAAAUGAUGAAUCUUAUGGUCGAACAUCAAAGAUUAAAGGCCAGACUUGAACAAGUCUCAAAUCCUACUUACAUGAUCGAUCUAAAGACCAAUAUCAGCCAAGCUGAUGCCAGGAUCAAGCAACUCAAAAGAGAGAAGAAGGACCUCGAAGUCCAACAGUUCAGAAGAGAGCGUAAGAUGGAGAAGAUAAUAGAUCCCUAUGGAGAGCCAGGAAAUCUUAAAAGUGUAAAUGAUGCUCAGAAAGAACUAGAGGUCAUCACGCAGAAGCUAACUAAACUGAGAGCUAAAAAGGAGAAGCUUGCUGAUUCAAAAGUUGCGCAAGAUAAUCAAAUGAAAUCACUCAAGGAAAGACUUGAAAGGAUCAUGCAAAAAGCCCAAGAACAUGGCAUUGAUGAGGACAUCAAGAAAGAAGAGAGAAGGAUGAGGGAUACCUCACAAAACUCAGCUAACCCUGAUUCUCAAUCAAGCACAACGAAUCAUGCCAAUAUCCUUCGCAAGAAGAAAGUAAUGCUCCAGGCUUUUGAGUCCCAGAAGAAAAAGACAGAUAUGUUUAUUAAUAAGGAAAGAAAGGAGUACAAAGAACUUUGAGUUCAAAAAUAAGAAACUCAACAAAGAUCUCACUGAAAAAGCUAACCUUCUCAAACAGAAAACUGAAAAAAUGGGAGAAUUAAUUGAGAAGGCAAAGAAGUAUAGCGAUCCUAACACCCAAGAGUUAUUAAGUAAGUGGGAGAACUCCAACCAGAAGAUGAAGGAAAUGUAUCAGAGUGAAAUCAACCAAAUGAAUAGCCACAAUAUUGAGAACAUCUCUCAAAAGAGUAUCAGUCAGAAGACCUCCUCUCGAAGGAAUUUACCAGAAAUGAAAGGCGUAAAACAAUCCGAGGAUGCUAGAAGUAGCUAUUCCGAUGUUAAAGAAGACGUUUCACAUAAAUCUUCAGAUUAUAAUCAGAGUUCAAACAAUAAAGCACCUUUGAAUAUUAAGAGCAAACUGUCGAACGCUUCAUUAUCAAGCCAGAACAAGCAAUCAUCAGGAGAUCAAAGAUCUGUGACUUCAUAUCAAGCUGAAGAGAAGUAUUCUGACCAUCAGGUACCUGUCAAAGAGAAGGAAUUGUAUAAAAAGCCUGUAUUAAAAACAAAGCCUAUGUUAGCAGGCAAGCCCAGUCCUUAUCAGCAGCACGAUUUCACUCAAGGAGAGGAAGAUAAAGAUGAGCCAUACAUCCCUUCUUCAGAAAGCAGAAGGUCUAAAAACUCUUCACAAAACAUUCCUUCGAUUGACAAGAAGCCAGUGAAUUCUUCUUUAAAGCCUAUUUCAUCGAUCCCAGUUCUGAACAAGGAGAAGCCCAGCAUUGGAGGUCAAGGUAUAGCGAAUGCUAGUUCGAUUCCUACCCUUGGGAAUAGUAGAAGAACAAGAGCGAAGAAUCCUUUUGCUAAAUUUGACAAUUAUGAUCCGCUCCAAAGCUAAAGAUAACCAAUAGAGAGAUAGUGCUAACUAGGUUUAAAUAGUUAUGAAAAAUAUGAGUUUUAGAAGAAUUCAAU